CCACCAGCUCACUGACCAACCUCACUUGACUCUCUCUCAAAAAAAAAAAAAAAUUUCGCUGAAUAGGCUCUCUCUCAAAUUGCAAGUCUAUAUAUACAUUUUCCAAAAAGAUUUCUCUUCAUUUGUCACUUGUCAGAGAAAAUAUGGGAAAACUGAUAUAAAUCUGAAAGAAACCACUCACUGUCCCUCUCUGGCUCUGCACUCUGUUUUCACUGCGUAUGGGUUGGUUUUGGCGUGAACCCAUCACAGCUACCACCGUCCCAACAGUUCAACAAUCUCUUCGGUGCUAACUUAGCUUAGCUUGCGAGCCUUUUCUGCCAUGGCUGCGGCCCUGGAGUGCUGGUCGAGCCGAGCCAGUACGGACGAGGACAUGGUGGAGCAGGUCCUGAUGAGGACUCACGACAGAUCGGAGGGCUCGGCAGCGGAAAGCUCUUCCUCCUCCACCGCCGCUUCCGCCGCCGCCGGAACGAUGAAGGACUCGUCGGCGAUGCAGAAGAGGCUCCAGAGGCUGAGCCGGAACGUGUCAGAGGCCAUAGCCUCGCUCCGGAACUCGCUGAAUCUGGACUCCUCCACCGCCAACGCUAGGGACGAAACGGCGUCGUCGAACAAGAUCGAGAGCUGCCGGAAGGUCGUCUGGUGCAGCGUCGUCCGUAACCUUACCCAGCUCUACCCCGGCAGCCAGCUCCCCGAGAAGCUCGUCUCCAACAUUCGCAAGCAUUACGAUUCCUUACCUCUCAGUUAUGCCCAGGCAGGGUUUGAUAUGAAAGAGGUGUUUCUGCAUAUUAAGAUGUUAGAGCAAGCGUCCUUGGAUGAUUACCCGGCCAUUUUGAGCCAAGAAGUGUCUGAUGAUGAAAUUCACGGUUCGGUUUUCAAGCUCACGUUUGCUUGCAACUCUUCGAUUUCGUGGCCGGUGAUGUCCGGUGCGCUUGACAGUGCCUCCAUUUGCUGCAAGAAAAUACAGAUCUUUGAGAGGAAAGGGUCCACUCUUGGGGUGGUUCUUCUUCUGGUCCAAGCCGGCCAUGAGAAAACGUUCAAGGCCCGGAUCGAAAACGCCUUGAAAUCGGCCACCGUGAGGAAGCCAAAACCCGCCACGAUGAAGUUUGCCUUCGGGCUCUGCGGGUGCCAAGAGGAGAACACGAGGGGUAGAGAGAUGGGAGAGAUUGAGGAGGAAGUUAUUGGAGAAGCGAAUGUUAGAAAUGGAGUGGAAAAUUUGGGGCAAAAAGUUGAGCUUCAGAUGCCACUGCCCACUUCAUCGUUUGUGGCUUCUGUUGAUGAAUGGCAGACCAUUCAAUCCAGUGAUGAAAUUGGGAAAUGGCUGUUGAACUCUGAUUAUCUUGAAUUUGUUGACCAGGUUGGACCAAACUCGUUUAAGGGAGUUUACAAGGGGAAAAAGGUUGGGAUUGAGAAGCUCAAAGGUUGUGAGAAAGGGAAUUCCUAUGACUUUGAGCUGCGCAAGGAUCUCUUGGAGCUCAUGACUUGUGGGCACAAGAACAUCUUGCAAUUCCAUGGCGUUUGUGUUGAUGAGAAUCAUGGGUUGUGUGUGGUGACAAAGUUGAUGGAAGGCGGGUCGGUUUUCGAUUUGAUGCUCAAAAGCAAGAAGAAUAUUCAGACUAAGGAAAUUAUAAGAAUUGCCACUGAUGUAGCAGAAGGGAUCAAGUUCAUGAAUGACCAUGGAGUUGCUUAUAGAGAUCUCAACACACAGAGGAUCUUGUUGGAUCGCCAUGGAAAUGCUUGCUUAGGUGACAUGGGAAUAGUGGCUGUAUGCAAGAGUGUUGGGGAGGCAAUGGAGUACGAGACUGAUGGCUACCGCUGGCUUGCUCCUGAGAUAAUUGCUGGUGAUCCAGAGUGUGUGACAGAGACUUGGAUGAGUAAUGUAUAUAGUUUUGGGAUGGUUCUCUGGGAGAUGGUGACCGGUGAGGCAGCCUAUUCCGCUUUUUCGCCGGUGCAGGCAGCGGUGGGAAUAGCUGCUUGCGGCCUUAGGCCUGAGAUUCCAAAGGACUGUCCUCAAAUGCUGAGAUCUUUGAUGACAAAAUGCUGGAACAAUUGCCCAUCAAAGCGUCCUCAGUUCUCUGAGAUUCUAUCGGUAUUGCUGCGACCAAACAAUAACAGCAAUAAUUGCAGAUAAAAAUCCCUUAUAAAAGCCUGUUUGGAAUCCAAUAUGCUAUAUUGUUGAUCAUGAUGCAAAAAUGGCCCCUCCUAAAGUAUAGGAGUUGCUAUAUAUGUAUACGAAUGCAUAAAUAUUGAUGUGCAAAGCUUUUGUGUUGCUGAAAUGAAGAUAUAAAUCUUCUUUCA